AUGGGGUAUAAAUGGGUGGGCACGUUCUGCCCUACGGCAAAGUUCAUCUUAAAAACCAACGACGAUAUUUACGCAGACAUUUUCCAAAUAAUCGACGUACUAUUGAUCGAACUCAUAAUGUCGGAGAAAACUUAUUCUUGUGCGAACAUGGGGGGUAAUGUACCGAAUCGAACACCUGAAUACCCAUGGUACAUCCCGAAAGAAGUUUUUCCGGACGAUACUUACCCAUAUUAUUGCUCUGGUAGUGCAUACUUAAUGAGAGCUCAAGAUGCGUCAAAAAUCUAUUCCAUAAGCAACCGAACCAAAUUUUUUUGGGUGGACGAUGUGUUCGUUACGGGAGUGAUGACGAAAAACAUUAAAGUGAUGCAAACCGUAAGGGUGGUCGGGCAUAUGACGAUAUGA